CGAUAUUUUUUUAACAACCCUAGGUUAACCCUUAUUCAUUAUCUGUGGUUAAUUUUAACCUAAAUUUUGAACGAUUUGAAUUUUUCUGUAUGAAUUUUUUACAUAAAAAUAUAGAAUUCACUAGAAAAAAAUAGAAAUGAAUGAGACACAAAUCAUAAUCCCCAGUAAAUUGUGCCAAAGAGCCGGUAUUUCGCUAGCUUGGAAGCCGUUCAAUGAUUUGGGCAUUUUCGCAUAUGAAAGAAAACAUUCUGGGGCACCAGAUAAACCCAGUCAACAUUAUCCAACCUCAGAAGUUUCAGUAUUUCAUCUUCGACAAGAGGUUACUUUGUUUCGACCAGUUCUUCGGAAACUUGUUAAUGAAUCCAAUGGCACCUUCUUAGACCUUCAAUCGGUGGUAUCGAGCAAAGCAUUUAAUGCACACGAAGAUCUCCUCAACUUCAGUAGACAGUACAGGUCAAUUAUUAGAGCAUGCCUUGAAAAUUUACAAGAAGAUAUUCUAAAGGCAGGAACUUCUUGUGAGAGGGACGAAAUCCAAAAUCUUAUAACAAUUUUUUAUUCCGUUGAAUGCAUAUGGCAUUUAUGUGAAAUAUUAUUUAUUGAUGCAACACCUGGAAAUGUAGUGUUGCCCCAUUUAUUGGAUUGGGUUAGAUUUCACUUUCCCAAAUAUGAAAGGAAUGCUGCUGAAAUGUUGUGUGAUGCGGGAAAUUCUCUUGAAAUGAAAGUAGAAUAUUGGCCUACCGUUAUUGGUUCCCUAUUACAAGGAAGGAUAAAAGUAGCAAGAGGACUUCUUAAACAGCAUUCUGCAUCCGAUACAAAAUCUUUCAUGAUCGCAGAUCAAUGCUUGAAAACCAUGCCAUUAUAUGAUGUUUACAGUGGACUUUCUGCCCAAGAAUUUCACUUGCAAAGGCAGCACUGGAAGGUAGACGUUCAAUCAAAAAUUGAGGCCAAAGUAUUCUCUAAUAAUAAAAAUUUGGAGCUCAUCAUGGGGAUCAUAGUGAAAAAUGAUUUAGCAUGGUCAGAAAUCAAGAACUAUUACGACACUUGGUAUGAACUGUUACCAGCUUGGUUAUUUUACUCGGACCCAACUGUCAAAUCAUACGAAUUAGGAAAUUAUGCAAAACUUUGUAUCAAUGAGAUGGGUAAAGAAAACAAAUUGAGGCAUAUAGAUAAAGUCCUUUUAGCUGCAAUGCGGUACGAUCAGUUAGAGGUGAUAAAAGAAAUUCAGGAUAUGUGCGAAAACGGCUGGUUUGCCACUCAUUUAAUCAAUAUUCUCUACCAUUCGGGACAGUUAUCGAAGAUUGAGAAAGAAGUUGAUAAAUUCUCUGGUAAAGCGGUUCAAGAGUCGUUCAUUCUCAACUACGGUACUAUGUUGAUGAGUCAUAAAUCACUGUGGCAAGUAGGACUUAGUUACUUGGAUCAUUGUUCUGAAACAGGUUUACAUGCGAUACAACUUUUACUGCCUAGACUGCCUCUCGAAACUGAGUUAAAAUGCCAUAAAAUAAUUAGAGAAGCUCAGAAACGAGGUCUAUCCCAUAUAGUUCAUCUUCUGUGCAAAAUACAAGGAAUGAAAAAUGUUAAGAUGGGUCGGUUAGGUACCGCCCUAACCUGGGCUUUAAAAUCACAAGAUAGUACCUUUGUUUCCCUGCUGGCCGAUAAAUUCCUCAGGGAAUAUGCAGAAAAUGGAAAAUUGAAAAAUACAGAUCUUCUCUUCAAUUUGGGGCCAAGCAUGUUGGCCAGUGAUAGGCUUAUAUUUUUAGGGAAAUAUUAUGAAUUCCACAAAUUAUACCAAGAGAGGCAAUUCAAAGAGGCUGGAAACUUGCUCAUCAAAUUAUUAGAAUCAAAAAUCAUACCUAAAUAUUUCUGGUACAUUUUACUUUUGGAGGCGAUACCGUUAUUAGAGAGCGAAGAAAUCAUUUUUUCCAGUAACGAUACAUAUAUGAUAAUAAAUUUUCUGGAAGGAAAUAUAAUGGACGAGAAAUUGAAAACUAAAUUGAAUGUCUUGAGGUUAGCAACAGCGAGGAAUUUAUCCAGAGCAAUUUUGUUUGAAGCUCAAGGAUGAGCCAUUCAAGAAUAAUGUGUCUAUACUUUUUUACAUUUUUUAAGACCAAUAAACGAAAUCAGAUAUCAAA